GACAAUAAAGAAAAAAAUAAUAACUCGCCACCUACCCAAGAAAAAAUAAUCAGUUACCUACCGUAGUUUAGUUGAGCCUGAAGCAGCAGCAGCAGCAGCAGCCAGAGAAGAAAUCAAUCAAUCAAACGAAUGUCGUCAGGCGGUGUGAUCAGGUGUAAAGCGGCGGUGGCAUGGGCUGCCGGAGAGGCACUGGUGAUUGAGGAGGUGGAGCUCAGCCCACCUCAGCCCAUGGAGAUCCGCAUCAAAGUCGUCUGCACUUCACUCUGCCGCAGCGACCUCACCGCUUGGCUCUCUCAGGCACAACCUCAAAUCUUUCCUCGGAUUUUUGGCCAUGAAGCUUCUGGGAUUGUUGAGAGUGUGGGUGAAGGAGUGACCGAGUUCGAAACCGGGGACCACGUCCUCACUUUGUUUACUGGAGAAUGUAUGAGUUGCACACACUGUGCCUCUGAUAAAAGCAAUAUGUGCCAAGUUCUGGGCUUGGAACGACAAGGCUUAAUGCACAGUGACAAGCAGACACGCUUCUCCAUUAACGGAAACCCCGUUUAUCAUUACUGUGCCGUUUCCAGUUUCAGCGAGUACACAAUUGUGCACUCUGGUUGUGCUGUCAAGAUUAGCUCUAUUGCUCCUCUCGAUAAAAUAUGCCUUCUCAGUUGUGGAGUUGCAGCUGGUCUAGGUGCAGCUUGGAAGGUUGCCAAUAUAUCACAAGGAUCAACUGUAGUUAUUUUCGGUCUUGGUACUGUAGGCCUUUCUGUUGCACAAGGUGCUAAAAUGAGGGGGGCAUCUCGAGUAAUUGGUGUGGACACGAAUCCCGAGAAAAGUGAAGGAGCAAAGGGUUUUGGAGUGACAGAGUAUCUGAACCCAAAUGAGCAUGAUGAACCAAUUCAACAGGUAAUUAACCGAAUAACUGAUGGUGGGGCAGACUAUGCAUUUGAGUGUGUAGGAGAUACAGGAAUGGUUACCACUGCUUUACAGUCUUGUUGCAGUGGAUGGGGUUUGACAGUGAGUCUUGGUGUACCGAAGAACAAGGCAGAGAUAGCAGUUCAUUACGGACUGCUUCUCAGUGGAAGAACACUUACCGGAUCUCUGUUUGGGGGAUGGAAGCCCAAAUCUCAUCUUCCUUCACUUGUCGAUAUGUACCUAAGGAAGGAAAUAAAGAUUGACGAGUACAUUACACACAAUCUGCAGUUUGAAGAUAUAAACAAGGCAUUUGAGCUUAUGAUUCAAGGAAAAUGUUUGCGCUGUGUCAUUCACAUGCCAACCAACUAAUUUCCUUCUUAAAUAAUAAUGCAAUCAAAUGGACACGUUUUCCAAGGAAACUGCUUGAGCUUUCGAAUGGCAAAACAGAUUUUGUGAGGUAUAUUGAACAAUACAACGUUUCUGUGCUAGCAAUGGCCAAAUCGAACAGAGUGUUCUUUUUU